CUGGACAGAACCGGAUUCCUUCUGCCCGCCCGCUUCCCAGGCGCGAUGCUGCCAGGCUGCCCUUUGACCAUUUCAUGCGGCUAGGCCAGCCAGCCCCACUCCUCAGAUUUCUGGACUCCCAGCCACUUUGGAAUUUGAAUGAGAUUUGACAGCUGCCAAGGAGGGAUAUGACGUCACGAGUGGCUGCCAAAGAGAGCAGGGAAAAUUAGCCAUGGGGUCGGUUUCGCCAGUGGGGCGGGUGCAGGAGAAGGGGGCUUCUGGACAGGUCGACAAAAAAAUCGUAAGAACUGAGAUAGGAGUUCUUCUUCGCCUCUCACAUCCAAACAUUAUAAAACUUAAAGAGAUAUUUGAAACCCCUACAGAAAUCAGUCUGGUCCUAGAACUCGUCACAGGAGGAGAACUGUUUGAUAGGAUUGUGGAAAAGGGCUACUACAGUGAGCGAGAUGCUGCAGAUGCGGUUAAGCAGAUCCUGGAGGCAGUUGCUUACCUACAUGAAAAUGGGAUUGUCCACCGUGACCUCAAACCAGAGAACCUUCUCUAUGCAACCCCUGCUCCGGAUGCACCCCUCAAAAUCGCUGACUUCGGACUCUCUAAGAUUGUGGAACACCAGGUGCUCAUGAAGACGGUGUGUGGAACUCCAGGGUACUGCGCGCCUGAGAUCCUCCGGGGCUGUGCCUAUGGGCCCGAGGUGGACAUGUGGUCUGUAGGAGUAAUCACCUACAUCUUGCUUUGUGGAUUUGAACCGUUCUAUGAUGAAAGAGGAGACCAGUUCAUGUUCAGGAGAAUCCUCAACUGCGAGUACUACUUCAUCUCCCCCUGGUGGGACGAAGUGUCUCUGAAUGCCAAGGACCUGGUCAAAAAGUUAAUUGUUUUGGACCCUAAGAAACGGCUGACUACUUUCCAAGCUCUUCAGCACCCGUGGGUCACAGGCAAGGCCGCCAACUUCGUGCACAUGGACACAGCCCAGAAGAAGCUCCAGGAGUUCAACGCCCGGCGCAAGCUCAAAGCAGCGGUGAAGGCUGUGGUGGCCUCGUCCCGCCUGGGAAGUGCCAGCAGCAGCCAUGGCAGCAUCCCGGAGAGCCACAGGGCCAGCCGAGACCCAUCUCCCACCCCAGAGGGCAAGGAGGACAUCAGAGUGACUUCGGAAGAAGAGAAAAUUCAAGGAGGUGAGGCCCCAGUGGCCGCUAAGGGUGCAGAGGCUGAGCUGAUGAAGGUGCCGGCCUCAGAAGAAGCUAAAGAUGCAGAGAGAAAGGCUGAAGAGGCCACCAAGGUGGCGCCCGAGGUACUGGAGGAUGGCAUGAAGGCAGCUGACCCACAAACGCAGGAGGGUGCGGCAGAGAGGCUGAAGACUGUGGAGGAAGCCGCAACCCCCAUGGAAGGGCAGGAACCCCCUGCUGCAGGCCUGGCAGUUCCACAGCAAGGUGUGAUCCAGCCAGAGGACUAGGCUGGCGCCCUUCGGAUCCGUAGCCAGCACCCCGGCAUUUUCCGGACUUUGUCCUUCAGCAAGGAAGGUGUGGAAGCAUGGUGUGCACUAUAGUGAUUCUGUUUUGAGGUGCAAAAAAAAUAAUAAUAAUACAAAUAUUCCAGUUGGUAAUCCUAACUUCAAUGCAUGUGACUGCUUUAUGAAAAUAAUAGUGUGUUCUAUGGCAUGUAAUGGGUACCUACCUAAUAGUGAUGAGUUACAUUUGAAAUCGCAAGUGAAUACAACGUAACACUGAAAAACACACUUUUCAGCAACCAGUGGCAUACAUUUGAAAUGCAUUGCAGCAAAUUAUUUUUGCUUUGAAAACCCUAACCUUCCUACAUCCUUCAGAUUCCUUCAUAAGGCAGUAAUUUCUUUGAAAUACUGCUUAGGUAAUAUUAGGUAAUGCUACAGGACAUGGUCCCAUGACUUAAGUGACAUUUUAUUUUUCAACAUUAAUGCAUUCAGUUUUACAAAGAGGUGCAGAAGGACCCCACCUAACAAUGGUAGGAAACUGAAGCAUACUUUUAAGGGCCACGAAACAGUAUAUUCCUAAAGCCUACAUGGAAAAUACCUUUUAUUCUUAUUUAAUGGAGGAACAAAAAAUGUGAGAAAGAAAUGGAGAUGAGAUUGGGACUUAGACUGGUGAAGGUAACAUUGAUUCCUUUUCGUUUCCCCGACGGAAUUGUAUUUACCUGUGAGUUUAUACAGCCUUACAGAUAGGCACGUGUGUACACACACACACACACACACUCUGUAAUUACCUAGUCUAAAAUAUUUCUCAAAAAUCUAUUCCACAGGUUGGUGCCAACAUAUGAACCAAGUGGGGGUAAUAUUCUAGUAUGAGGUCAUUCAUUACUGCCUCUGCCACGUCAGGAAUCAUUGUAUACAAGGCCCCUUUUUACUUGUUAGGGUGCUCGCUCAGUUACGAUUAUGGACUGCAGGUAUUUAUGAAAAGUGCAUAUAUCUUUUCCUCAUUUUAGAUUACAAGUGCCCACAUCUGACAAAGUAGUUUUGAAAAUUUCCACGCCAAGAAACUUAGCACCAUGAUACAAUAUAUUUACCUUAAAGAACAAACAAAAAUAAAAACACUGAUUUCAAAUUGGACUCUUAAGAAACUAGAAUAUUAAACUUAAUAUUUUGGAGUUUUUUCCCCCAGAAAAAAAAUAUAAUUCUUCCUCAAUUUUGAUGGGAAGCAUGUCCCUUAGACAAAUCAUAAUAAGUCCAAGUAUUUCUAGUUUGAGUUGAAAUGAACAUUUUGUGAAAUUAAUUAUGUAUCACAUUUUUGGUGGGUUUCUUUCAUGUUAAAAACUGAUUAUUUUCAAAAACCAAAAGGAAGACUAUGAAACCGACCAUGACAUAAAAAUGAUCAAGAGAAAGAGGGAUCUUAAACUCUUUUGACUCUCCCGCAAAAGUAUUAAAUUGGGAAAUGAAAUUAAAUCUCUAGAUUUUGGAGGCUGUUGGACUUCACACGCUCUGCUCCCAAAUACAUAUCUCCCUUUACUAUCCUCGUGAGAAGGAAAUGAGGAUUUUUGGUCUUCCAGUUUAGGGAUCUGAUAGGUUGCUGUCAUAGCAAAAGGCCUUGGAACAGCAUGGCUCAGAAGAUUUUUUUUUUCUAUUAACUUACUUUUUUCCCAUUUUUUUUUUUCUUUCUCCUUUAAUUAUUCCCUCUCAAAAUUCCAUUUGGGCUGUUCUAAAGGGCUCACUGUUUUUAAUCUUUAAGAUAAUGCUUUAUCAAGCAUGAAAAUGUCCACGUAAGAUCAGUUUCCUGGUCUACGUUUCCCCAGGCACCUAUAGCUGUACACAGUAAAUGCCCCACAUGGCAGAAGAUCCACGAGGGGAGGGAGGAGUCUAUUAGAAAGCUGCAGCCCUCCCUCUUGGGCCUCCCGCCAUGGUUCCACCACUAGGGCUGACUCCGUCGUGGGCCAUGCAGCCUGCAGGGCGAGGAUGGCCCAUGCCAGGGCCGGUGCGCUGUGGACUUGACCCGUCUGGGUGAGUGUACGUGGCAUCUGCUGGGCAGUAUGCCAGCUGGUGAGGGGAGCCCCCACUAGCUAACGUGUGGCUUCAUCCUCUCAAAAUCAAUGGGGUUUCACGUUUUGACUCACACUUUGAAGAUGAAGUCCUGAUAGUGCUCCCAUGGUAAUCCAGUCUUUUCAGUGAGAAACAAGUCAAACUUUCACAUAAAUGGGUCAUCCCAGUCAUAUGGGUCAGAGGUAUCAUAGAAGUACAACCUGAAGCAGGAAAAUUACAUUAGCAUUUUUGAAGUAAUAGCCAACAUUUAUAUUGCUUGAUAAAAUGGGGCAGAUUCCCUAUCACAAAGAUUUGGCUAAAUAAUGUUAGACAAAUAGGGACUCAAUUUGACAAAAUACUUUAUAGCAUUAUUCCUAAUUGACAAUGUAGUCACAGGCCAAAAAAAAAAAAUUAAUCUCAAAGAACAAAAAAAUUACAUUUUGUAUUUUAGAGCUGACCACCAUCACAUUCCAAUAUUGGGUUUUAUGUUGAGAUAAGUUCAAAUAAAUAGCAUAAACUAGAUUGUUUUACCAUGAAAGAUAAUCUUGAAUUACAUCUGUUGUUUAAAAAGUCAAAUUAGAAUUCCAGUGGUUUGGGGACCAGCAGCAGGUGGUGUGGUGGUUAAGAUGCUGGACUCCCAUAUAACUGACCAUGGUUCC